GGUUAGCCAUCAAAACAAAGGCAGAGUUUAAGGUCGUCUUGGGGAAGAUUCCUGUGGCCUUUUCGGUCGUAUUUGUUGUUUCAUUUACAGGUUUAUUCUAUGAGUUAAAAACUAUGGCAAAUAAUGUCAAUGGUGGCAGUCAUAGCUCCACUGAGUCUUUGAAUGGUAAGGAUUCUCAACGUAUAAUGCGUUUUAACGAACGCAAGUUAGGACUGCGUCAUAACAUCAAUAUCAUAUGUCGGCGUUCCUAAUCUUGACUGUCUAUAUUUUAAAGGCUCUUGGGUAAAGCUCGAUGGCUCGUUUAGAAAUGGCAAUGGAGCUCAGCAUUCUCCAGUUAUUUCGGAAGAUGGAGCGAUGGAAGAUCUUCUUGCUGAAGCGGUACAAGAACAAUUGUCGAAACAAAGCUCAAGGUGCAGGAUCUGAAUGUUCUACUUUUUACAGAGAGAUGGGCAUCAUCUCAUCGGCACAUAGUUCGUUUGACGUAGAGGUUGUUAACCUUAAGCAUGUUUGCCUUAGGCAAGGUUAUGAUAACUGUUAUUUUUUUACUUAACUUUUUUAGUGGCGAAAAAAGCCCGUCUGGUUCACCAAGGGAGCAAUGUCCUCAAGGGAACCUACGGACGGUACGUGGAAUUGUUGUCGUCUCAUGCAUGUUUGCACGAUAUUACUGAUCUUCAGCUCAUUCACAUAUUGAUUUUGAGCUUGCGAUCAUCGUUACAAAACCACUUUUUGUUCUAGGGAAAGAUUGACUGAGUUUAUUUAAGACGUUUAAAGUGGUAUUACUAAACGGGGGUGAAUUUGGUUUCAAUCGCUAUGAUUAUUUUGGACCUUAGCAAUGUAGUCGCGAUAAAGAUUCACAUGAGAGGUCUGUACCAUUCCUCACGUUCGUGUCACAUAAACAUGUACCUGUGUUUAAAAUUCUAAACGCGAUGUCACUCAUUAUUUGGAUUUACAGGAGAAAAAUCACUUUGGACGAAAUAAGAUAUAAUUUUGACACAGUAUGUAAGGCAUUUUUGACAAUACCGUCAGAUUUUCCGCAUUGUAAUGAAAUAGAAGCUUCGUCCAAAAACCUUUUUUCUAUUACGAGGCCAUAAAGCAAUUGAACCCAUAUAGACUAAUAAGAUUGUGCUAUCUAGAGAGGUGUUAGAUAUUACUGUUUUUAUGAUGAUCACUUUUUUUCUAAGCCUCGAUCUUUAUUGAAGGACGAAUCACAUAUAAAUCCUUGAACUGAUGUUAUACUAACAGUUUAACAGCCAGUAAAAAACAUAUUCAUGUUAAUUGAUCAUAGGGUGAUCCAAUCCUUCCACAAGAGCAAAACACAGAUUGGAUUUGGGAGUGGUCAAGCAGAAUUGAAGUGCAACCACAGAAGUAGGUGUCUGUUAGUAUAAUCAGAGAUUGAAUUCACAAUCCAUAUGAGGAGUGGUAACUGGUUCUUUGGAAACUUUGACAGUCAGGAAGAUAAAAACUGAGGAAUUAGUUCAAACUUAAUGUGCUUUGUUGAGGCAUAAAUGAAUGUAAGAAGUUUUGAGGGUUUGAGAGAAGCACAAGAGUUACUUGAUAAGCGGGAAAGUGCAAUUCUUGCUUCUUGAGUGCUCAUCAAACUUCCAGUGUGUCAUACCUCAAUAUGUGCACUGCGAAAAGCAUGGACCAAUUCUAUUAUAACACAUGUGAACUCUUUAAACAAUCACAUACAAAGCUGAUGAUAAAAAACUUUAGGAAUAAGUGAUACCCAAAUUGGUGAGUUUCCAUGGUACGUAGGAUUCAUUUCUGACUGUUCCUGUGUCUGUGUUAUGCCUGCAUAAUCUGUUGGUUUGUUUGAUUAAAUAAGGGAAUGGAAGAUGCAACAUCCCAGAUGUAAAUCGAAGCCACGUAGGGCAAAAUUGAGUAUCAGAGGCACUAAAGUCAUGAGAAGGUAACAAACCAUUUGACUUUUAAUUCAGAAAAUAUGGCUCAGCCACAUUAAGUACCUCUGUCAUCAGCUGCUGUUUUUAGAGAAAAUUGUUAUGGUAGUCAAGAAUUGGCUUUUUGUAAGAGGGGAAAAUCUAGGAAGAAAGAGUAAAAAAAUGCUUUUUUGGCCUCUUAACCAUGCGUUAGUUAAUAUAUACAUGCCAACUUAACUAUAGACCUAGAAAAAUGGGUGUGGUUAUUCAUUUAGAUAAAAUACAAAAAUGCGGUGGCUUCUCAUGCAAUAACAGAAGAGACUACAGUAUUGUGCAAAAGUAAUGCAAACACCUAUCGACGAAAUUCAACGAAAUUCCUAGCUAUUCCUAUUCCCCCUUAUAAUUUAUUGGGGGAUCAAAUAUUUUUCUACUAUAGUGACAGACUGUACAUUACUUUUUAAGGCAAUAAGUAUGUAUAUUGUUAAACCAAGUUGUUCUUUUGAAUAAUAUUGUAUAUUUCUUGACAGACUCUGCUUGGUAGUGGAUGGCAAAUCAAUAUGAAAUUUGUUUAUAAUGAAUUGAUUAAUUAAGAUAAAAUAUUUCUAGUGUUAUGUUUUCUUUCCACAGCGCAGAAUUAAUGAAGAUUAAUUUCUAUGUUGUUGUACCUGCUGUUUUAUUAUCUCAUCUGAUUGCAUUUGGAAUCGGGUAAGGUUAUGUUAAGGAUAUUAAGGUUAGAACAAAGUUGUUGAGAAAAGAUCUGAGCCCUUCAAGAGUGCAUGUUUGAAUUUGUGUACUUUGCCUUCGCUAUUAAAAUACAUUAUAUCAAUUAUGUUGGAGAUUUUUGUAUGUAAAAUAAUAGUAACCUUUUGGCAGACGAGGCCUCCUAGUUUUUCUUAAAAUUAAGGAAAUUCCAUUUCUAUAACUAAAGAAUUUCCAAAUUUCCAGGGAGAGCACACCUUUGGACCACCUUGGGGGGCAAGGCUCCUUAAGCCCUCCAUAAAGUAUGCCCAAGUGAUAACUCCAGAUGCCCUCCCUCCCUGUUUCUACUCUUAAUGAAGCCCAUGCACUCCCCACUCUCCGCACCUCACAGUGAAGUUUAAUACUAUCUACCAGGGGCUUUAUGAUCUUAAUCACUAUAGGUAAACAAUUGUGGAAAAAUGAACAAAUAUAAAGCAAAAACUUUGCUUGAUUUUUUCGGCAUGUUUUAUUUUUCAGAGUUUAUGUGGGACGGCGUAUGGUUCAAGUAGAUGCCUUAUGAUGAAGCAUCCUAUUAUUUCUGCAAGAAUGUAACAUGGUUGGGAUCUUAAGCUUGCAACAGUGUGGCAUUACUUAAUUCAAAUUUAUAGUCAUUGUAGUUUGCUUCUCAGAUGCAUUCUCACCACCUCUGUGGGUUUGAAUCUGUACUGUUCUCUAGCCCUUGCUGUAGCCAUAAUUAUUUGGCUGACUUAAAUGCAACACUUUGUAAUGUGGACAGCUGGAAAUUUUGGUGUCAUUGUUUCUUAGUGAUAGCAACAACUUAAGGGUCAGGUAGCCAAUAUGUGUGGGUAAUAGUUAUUGAGAAUCUAUCAACAUCAGUUUAAGUGAAAGUGGUUUUCUGGUAUGAUAUUCUAUCUACCUUGAGAGUUAGUUUGCUCCAUGAAAAGUUUUGUUGUUUCCAAUGGAGUUAGUGCUCUUCAUCAAAUGUUCAAGUAAUCAAAUUUAGGGAGAGGCUAUAAUUUGAUGAUUGUUGUCCUUGAUCUAAAUUUUAAUUUUUGUAAUUAUCUGUUUAACUUUGAAUGUUAGAAAUAGUUUCAUUAAAUAUAUAUAUAUAUAUAUACCAGGUAAUGAUUUCCUAUCAACAGAAAAAUCAAUAGAAGCAAAGCACUGAAUAUUUUAAUGUAAUCAAUGAUAACUGAUGAUCAUCAACUACAAAUAGAUGCACAAGAUUUUUUUUUUUUUCAUUAACUGAUAGUAAUUUCCAAACCACCGAUAUCGUGGGAAUUUUUUAACUUUGAUUGGGAUUGGUCAAACAUUUGAUUCAUGAAGAGUGUGAGCUUGUAGAUUUUACAUGAUUAGGUACAAAGUAACUUGUAGAAUGCUAACAGAGGCAUGUUUUUCUGGUGUAAGUAUAAUACUUGUGCCACACAUUGCCAACUAAUACUAAACAAUGAGAAAUUCUUCUACUGAUUUUAAUGAUGCAAUCACUCAUUUUUAUGAUUACUUGGUAUUGAUCAAUUUCUUGUGAUUAGCUAGUAAGAGUGGAAUGUGCUUAGCGCGGUAUAGAUCAGAAAAAGUCUGUUGAAAAUAGAUUUGUCUGCAUGUGUAACUGUGUGUCAAGUUCAGGGCUUAGUGGGGGUCUGUUUCAGUCAUAGAAACUGUGUGAGUGACUGCUUCAAUAAGAUAUGUCAACUAAUGACAGCAUUAGACUGGAGAAGUGUUAAGCACUGUUAGUAGUGACAUCAUGUGUAGACAUGAAUGGGUCCACAUGCAAUUAUUACUUUGAAAUACACGUCAUUAAUUUGUUGUGGGUGUCUUUCAUUGCAGGGUUGUGUGUGAGUUAGCAAAUGGGUUAUAAUUUAUUUGUUACUUGUAGGACUAAAGUUAUGUAAUAAAAUUGUUAACUUCCAAAUUUGCACUUAGUAGCAGUUUAAACUUCUUUUGCAAGUGCUAACAAUUUUUUAAAAUAAUGUUAUUAUUGGUCAUGACUUUUAAAACAGAAUAGUAAGUUAUUUUGUAAGUCAUUUCUGUCACCUCAUCUAUUUUUUGGGUUGGAAAUAUACCCUUCUGAAAAGGAUAGAAAUUCACAACUUUACAGCUGUAACAAGGCUUCUUGCUGCAUCAGCAUGUAAUAUAUUUGGGUGAUGAAACAUAUUUUAGCAAUUAUGCACUAGAAGUUUUUAGAGGGUGUUUUAAUUUCAUCUCUUCUAUAUUCUGAGGGUUUCAUAUAUUAAUUAAUGGGCAUAACCCUUUGGAAAAAAUUUAGCCUUAAGUUAUAUUUAAACAAAUACUGGUCAUGCAGGUGUAAACUAUCAAAGAAUCUCUUGAAAGUCCUUUUUAGUUAUGAGAAUGUAUUAUUUCCAUUUGGAUCAUGCUCCAUAAGUUGUGAAAGGAAAAUAUUCUGUUAUUUCGAUUUGGAUCACACUUUGUAUGAACCUGCAAGACAGUCAAGUUACAGUGUAACACAGUUCAUUUUACUCAUACUAGGUGGUUCUCUGGAUUGAAUUCUGUUAGUUGGAGUGUACUUUCUUGAAUUCUGUUAGUUAGAGUGUACUUUCUUGUUAGAUAACAGCUUUUGAUCUUUCAUCUUAUUAAUUCUUGGGUGAAAUACUUUCAGUGGUAAUCUCUUUCUUGUCCCUAGAGAAUCAUGUAAAUUAGCACUUGACUAGGCUUUAUGUAACUCUUACACAAUAAAUGCGGAGUGUUUUGUU